AUGGCGUGUGAAGCUGCACCGCAAAACAGUGCGGUCUCCGCAGCUGCUCCAACCAAGAAACUACAAGGUAGACAAUUCUAUGAGAGCAUUGGUAGCCCCAAGUACAUUGUAGCUCCGAUGGUAGAUCGGUCUGAGUUUGCAUGGCGCAUGCUUUCUCGGUCCUUUUUGCCCCCGGACGAACAAAAAGAUCUGCUCGCAUAUUCCCCCAUGUACCAUGCCCGACUUUUUAAGGAGCAAGCGAGGGUGCGAUCUGGACACUUUCAGCCAACCCGUGGAUCGGCUGGUGAUGCGACGAAGAAGAAGGACGAACUGUUCCUCGACGGAAACCCAGCGUUUGACCGGCCCCUCGUCGUACAAUUCUGCGCAAACGACCCGAACGAGUUUUUAGAGGCAGCAAGACACGUUGCGCCCUUUUGCGACGCCGUGGAUCUGAAUCUGGGAUGUCCACAAGGAAUCGCUCGCAAAGGUCACUACGGUGCCUUCCUUCAAGAAGACUGGGACUUGAUCUACAAGCUGAUCAAUAAAUUGCACACCGAGCUCGAUGUACCAGUAACUGCGAAGUUUCGCAUCCAAGAGACCAAGGAGAAAACCCUUGAAUAUGCCAAGAUGAUACUCUCCGCAGGCGCAAACAUCAUCACAGUCCACGGGCGCAGACGAGAGCAGAAGGGCCACGAAACAGGCGUCGCAGACUGGACUUACAUUCGCUAUUUACGUGAUAACUUACCGCCUGAUACUGUGAUCUUCGCCAAUGGAAAUAUUCUCAACCAUGACGAUAUCGAGACGUGUCUCAAAGAGACGGGCGCAGACGGUGUAAUGAGCGCCGAAGGAAAUCUUUCCGACCCAACUAUAUUCAGCAGACCGCCAGCGCCUGGCACUGGAACUCGAGACUACUGGCGGGAUCGCCACGGCAAGGGUGGCUACAGAAUCGAUGCGAUCCUCCGACGAUACCUCGACAUCAUUUACAAAUAUGUUCUAGAGCAGCCCGUGCCUGAGAGGAAACCUCUUUUCCUCCCGUCAGACCCAGUGGAUGAGAAGGAAAAAUUUAAUGAAAACGCCGAAGAUUGCGAGAACGACGGUCCCCCGAAAAAGAAACAAAAGAGAGAAAAGACUAAGCGGCCAAACUCUGCCAGUCUGGGUGUCAUGCAAGGCCACCUUUUCCAAGUCCUUAGACCCAUGGUCGCUACUCACACCAAUGUGCGCGAUGCCCUUGCUCGGUCGAGACCUGGUGACAUGCCUGCUUUUGAGAAUGUCUUGAGACUCGUGGAGCAGGCCAUCAAGGAUGGACUGAAGGAAUACGAUGAGUCUCCGGAGAAGUUUGAGAAGUCCCACGAUCCUACUUUAACUGGAUCCAAAGCUACCAUUGCAGAAUAUGGACGCCCGUGGUGGGUCUGCCAGCCGCAUGUUCGACUCUUACCAGAAGAAGCUAUGGAAACUGGAGCUUUGCAACAGAAGGGAGGUGCGAAAAACCAGAAAGAUGGGAAGGUAGAGGCCAAGAAAGAGGCAGGGAAAGAAUCUUUAGAUGCCAAGACUCCUGUCUCUGAGGGAACCUCCACUCCUGCUGACGGUGAGACUGAUACCUCGACAACCUUGACUCCUGAUCGUCUUGUCAGUGGCUGA